AUGGCAGAAAGACGACGAGCAGAGAUCGAAGCUAAGAAAGCCAAGCUCGAGGCACUCCGGAAGGCGAGGGCAGACAGACAACGAGCAGAGAACGAGCGACGUCAAACAGAGGUAGCAAGCGCAUCCGUCGCGGCACGGCGUGAGGUCGAUGACCUGGUCAAUGCGCUCGUGGGCAAUCGGGGCCUCGACAGCGGAGGCGAUGUCACCCCUUCGUCAUCUAUGCCUGGUACACCACCGCGCCAGAGCGCUCUCUUCUACGGCACAUCCGCCUUGUCACCAUCGGGUAGGGUUAGCAGACAGAGCGAUGUUGGCUCGGAUCGGAUUACAAUGGGUACCACGAUGCAUGUCAUAGAGAGGACUUUAACGCCUCGAUUUCUCCCAGAUUUGAUUGAUGUAGAACAGGAACUAUUCGAACUGCCACAACGCGAAAGGGUAAUAUACAACAAGGAGGUGCAGACGACUGCGGUCGAGGUCGAGACAACCGAGGUAUCUAUAGAAGACCUUCGGCAACAAUUACAGCGGGAACGAGAGCGUGAACUGGAGGCCGAACGAGCUGCAAGGGAGGACCUAGAGGAGGAGAGCAUACAACUUGACAAAGAAAUAGAACAAGAAAUUCGAGAAUUGACUGAGGAAGAGCGGACAAGUAUCCUCACAGCCCCCGAAUUCCUUGAUUUCGUGGAGCAGUCGUCUAAAAUCGUUCAGCGAGCUCUAAACGAUGGCUACGACUAUAUCCGGGACUACACGGUUGGCACAGAAACAAACGGAGAUGAUUCGGAGGGUAAACGCGUGAAACGCAUUUGCGCCUUCUAUGACGAAAGAUACGGGAAGAAUCGUUCGAUAACUGAUAUCGACUGGUCGCCGAAGUACCCCGAACUCAGUGUGGCCUCUUACAACAAAAAUCCCGCUGCCUUAAAUGAGCCCGAUGGUAUCGUUGCAGUUUGGAAUCUCCAUUUACUGGAACGGCCCGAGUUUGUUUUCCAUUCUCAGUCUGAUGUUCUCUCCGUAACAUGUUCCCCCUUCCAUUCCAAUCUCGUGUUUGGUGGCACCUACUCUGGCCAGAUCCUUCUUUGGGACACACGGUCAAAGCAUUUGCCGGUUUUGAAGACGCCACUGUCAGCUGCAGGUCACACUCACCCCGUUUACGCGAUGCGCAUGGUCGGGACCCAGAAUGCCCACAACUUAAUUACCAGCAGCACGGACGGAACUGUCUGUAGUUGGCUAGUGGACAUGCUGGCGCAGCCACAGGAAACCUUGGAGCUGAUUCACGCAGGUCAUAACAAAACGGGCGAAGUGGCCAUCACCACGCUUGAUUUCCCUGACAAUGAAACAACGACGUUUUGGGUUGGUACCGAAGAAGGCAAUGUGUAUCAGGCAAACAGGUACGACCGAGCUGGUGCGAAAGCUGGGCUCAACCAGCACGACAUCUAUAAGGGGCAUGCUGGGCCCGUCAUGGGGCUGCAUUUCCAUCCCCUCGUGGGCCCUGUUGACUUCUCGGAUCUAUUCCUUACGGCGAGCGUGGACUGGACAGUAAAGCUCUGGCGAGCCAAGAGUCUUGCGAAGCCGUCAACAACAGCACAGGCUAUUUCCCCGAUAUAUUCCUUCGAUGAGGCUGAUGAUUAUGUCUACGAUGUGAAAUGGCAUCCUGCUCAUCCUGCGGUAUUUGGUACCGCGGACGGUUCUGGCAAGUUUGAAUUGUGGAAUUUAAACAAUGACACCGAGGUCCCUGCCGUAACUACGAGCGUUGGAUCGGGUCGCGCAAUCAAUAAACUUGAAUGGGACCGCAAGGACGGCCGACGCGUUGCACUUGGUUGCAGCGACGGAAAGCUUUACAUAUACGAUAUCGGUGACACAGCAAUACCCAGAGAGUCCGAGUGGACCGACCUACAGAAGACUAUUGCGGGGAUGGUCGGCAAUAGCGGUCAGACAAAUGGAGUGGUGGAUGGAGAUGCGACGCGGAUCAUCGCUGGGCGUUGACCUCACUCACUUCACAGGAGUAUUAGCGGACCGACAAGUUAGCGAUACCUUUCUUCUUUCAUGUGAUAAUACUUUCUUCGUCGGACAUAUCAUGGGGCACCCUCAGUGAGAUCCCCUGAGUGGAUGUUCUUGUGGACUUUGAGUGGGAUGUCGGCUAUUUGACAGAAAUAUCGCGGGAUGGAUGCCCGCGCGUUCACAUGAAAGGCUGUU